CAGUAGUGCACUAGCGGACUAGCCAGCAUGGAGCUAGCAUAGUACUAUAAAUAUUCGAGACUCGUUCUAACUUUCAGAUCAUCCAGAGCUAGCAAAACAGACACUGUGCGAUACAGGCUCUUCUCUUUUGCACUUUCAAAUUGAGGAAAGAUGGGGAAGUUUUCUAAGUUUGUUGGAGUUUUUGCUGUGAUGCUUGUAGUGGUGGUAGCCAUAGCCGAGUGUAGGAAGCUUGAGAAAGAAACGUUUUCGGAAGGUGGUGUUGGAGGUGGCGCUGGAGGUGGUGCAGGUGGAGGCUUUGGCGGUGGUAAAGGUGGCGGCGUUGGAGUAGGAGGUGGUUCUGGAGGUGGAGUUGGUGGUGGUGCAGGUGGUGGUGUUGGAGGAGGAAGCGGUGGCGGCGGAGGUGUUGGUGGAGGAAGCGGUGCUGGUGGAGGCUUUGGGGGUGGUAGAGGUGGUGGUGCUGGGGGAGGAGUUGGUGGAGGAAGUGGUAAAGGUGGAGGCUCCGGAGGAGGAGUUGGUGGAGGAAGCGGGGCUGGUGGAGGCUUUGGGGGUGGUAAAGGUGGUGGUGCUGGGGGAGGAGUUGGUGGAGGAAGUGGUAAAGGUGGAGGAAGCGGUGCUGGUGGAGGCUUUGGGGGUGGUAAAGGUGGUGGUGCUGGGGAGGAGUUGGUGGAGGAAGCGGUGGUGGCGGAGGUGUUGGUGGAGGCUCUGGAGGUGGUGUUGGGGGAGGAGCGGGUGGUGGAGGCGGUGUCGGUGGAGGUGCUGGGGGCGGUUUUGGAGGAGGAGCUGGUGGCGGUGUUGGGGGAGGAGCCGGUGGUGGAGGCGGUGUCGGUGGAGGUGCUGGCGGAGGCGCUGGGGGCGGUUUUGGAGGAGGAGCCGGUGGUGGUGCUGGUGGAGGAUUCGGAGGAGGCGGUGGAGCUGGUGGUGGUGGGGGAAUUGGUGGUGGGUUUUAAAUCACCAAUUUAGUCAGCUAGGUAGAGCAUGCAAAGUCGUGCAAGACAAUGCAUGCUCGUGCAUGGAGAUUGUAUCACGUAUCUAUACUAGAGAAUAAAUCAAUUAAGAGCUGUAAACGUGCUUUAUCAUUUUAAUAGCUAACGCUUCGUGCGAAACUUUUGUUCUUAA